CGCCAUGAGCGUCACCGGAAGUCGUAUCUGCCAUGUUUAGCUGCUUUGUUUUAGGUCCUUGUUGGUUUCCUGCAGAUUUUAGCCUUUAACUCUCGCAAUGGAGCCGAGCUGGAGUACAUUUUUGUUUCAACAGGCAAACGAGGCUCUCCAUCACCAGCACCCAGUGUCCGCCAACAGCCUGCUCCCACUGCUAAACUCCGGGACCGACCCUCCAGACCAGAAGCCCGUGUUACCCAUCCCGCUGGACCAGAAGCCCCCGGUCAGCGCCGCCGAACUCCUCAAAGACAAUGUGGCGAGCGGGGCGGGCAUGAACUCUGUCGCGCCGGGGGGUCCUCCGGUGGUGGUCAAAAAGGAGCCCAAGUCCAAAACCCCAUUUGUUUGCGGAUACUGCGGCAAGGCGUUUCGAGACAGCUACCAUCUGAGGAGACACGAAUCCUCCCACACAGGAAUCAAGAUGGUGUCUAGGCCCAAGAAGACACAGAGCGCGCCCACCAUGGUGCCGCUAAUAUCCACCGUCCCCCGAGAAAACAACGCCAACCAGUCCUACAUCACCACAGUGGCAGGACAUAUAAUAUCCCCCUCAGGUAUCAUGACGACCGCCACCACCUCCACGGCAACGGGCACCAGCGUCAUGUCCCCAAUGCACCACCAGCACCAACCACAGCAGCACCAACCGCAGCAGCAGAACAUCCCCAAGAAGCCCCCAAAGCCCGUGAAGAAGAACCACGGCUGCGACAUGUGCGGAAAGGCCUUCAGGGACGUGUACCACCUGAACCGGCACAAGCUCUCCCACUCCGACGAGAAGCCCUUCGAAUGCCCCAUCUGCCAGCAGCGCUUCAAGAGAAAAGACCGGAUGACCUACCACGUGCGCUCCCACGACGGAGGGGUGCACAAGCCGUACAUUUGCUCUGUCUGCGGCAAGGGCUUCUCCAGACCGGAUCAUCUCAGCUGUCAUGUCAAACACGUCCACUCCUCAGAGCGGCCCUUCAAGUGCCAAGUAACGGCCUGCACCUCUGCCUUCGCUACCAAAGACCGCCUGCGCUCACACAUGAUCCGACACGAGGGGAAGGUCACCUGUAACGUGUGCGGAAAGAUGCUGAGCGCCGCCUACAUCACCAGUCACCUCAAGACCCACGGCCAGGCAAACUUCAACAGCAACAACCAGCAGUGUAACAAAAUAGGCCAAAGUGACUGGCAGUGGAACCACUCAGGGCCCAGAAGAGGUGAGUUGACGGUAGGAGAGGUUUUAAAUAACUCCUUCCAACUCCUAAUUGACUACUCUCAAAAAGAUGCCAACAACGUGCACAACAACUCCGCCAGCACCACGCCCGUCACCAACUCGGCGGCCAUCACCUCGUCGACUGUGAACCGAAACGCCAACAACCCGGUGACCAUCGCGGCGCAGAUGAACAUCACCACGAACACGGUGAACAUCACGGCCCCGGUGAACCUGCAGCACCCCUCCGCCGUCACCAUCACCGGGCCCGUCAACCUGGCGUCGGUCAACAUCCCCACGACGGCGCACAUGAACCUCGCGCACCCCGUCGCCAUAACGACCCCUAUGCCAAUGAAUAUAGCCGGUCCGCUCAAUAUAGCAAUGAGGCCGAUGGAGAGCAUGCCAUUCUUGUCCCAAGUCUUGCCCUCCUCCCCGCCCUGGUAGAGAGGGGACGGGCAGGGCAGGUUUUUGGGCGGACGCCGGGCUAAAAUUGUCCUUCGAGUGGGUGUCACGGCAAAACAGAACUCAAAUUAUACAACGCGUGCGUGUAGAAGCGAAUUAAGUCUCGAUUUUUGUCGUUUUUUUAGCAAUAUUUUGGACGCUUUACUUUGCAUUGCAUUUAUUCUUCACUCAAACAAAUCGAUACCGUAGCCUUAUUUACCGACGGACUAAAUAACGCGGAUUAGAAGCUAUGUUUCUGGGCUAGGCCGGUGAAGUGCCUUGCCCAAGGACACAUCAAAAAAAGAUGUGUGUAGUAAUGAUUGCUUCCAAGGAAAAAAAAGUUUGUAACGGCCGCAUUUUGAAAACCGAAAAUGCCAAGAAAAGUGUGUUCUUCCCAUUUUCUUCAUUGGAUUAAAAAUGAUUUCAUGAAGUACCGUAUUUUCUGUACUUCUACUGUAGGGCGCUCUGGAUUAUAAGGCACACUGUCAUUGAAUGGUCUAUUUUUGAACUUUUUUCACAUAUAAAGCACACCGGACUAUAAAGCGCAUUAAACUAAACAUAACAGUUAGAUAAGUCAGUCAAACUUUAUUUAAUGCGUUCACAAUAACUCUCAAAUUUGUUCAAUUGUAACUCGUAAAAAAAUACCGUCUGAGACGCUAAAUUGUUAGAGUAUUCACAAUAACUCAUAAUAAUUCAAACAGUUGGGCGAUUACAGCGUCCAGCACGUCCACAUCCCUCUCGUCAUUAUCCGAGUCAGUGUGGUUACUGUUCCCUGCAGUUCAGUGAUGAUUCUGGUCUUGGUGAAAGCUCAGACCACAGUUGAUACUGAUCCUUAGCCCAGGCGUCCAUGAUCCAUUGGCAGGAAGUCUCCCUCUUCUCUCAUCCACUGCUCCCACGCAGCUCGCACUUUCACUUUAUAAUAGAAUUGAGUUUAAAAUGGGCGUUAUAAGCAUGUCUCUUGACAGGUGCAUUUUGAUAUUAAAAGGAAUCACAAUAUGUUUUACUCCGCGAUGCUCCUGACUAUCAUAUAUAAGGCGUCUGGAUUAUAAGGCGCACAGUCGUUUUUUGACGAAAUUAAAGGCUUUUAAGUGCGCCCAAUAGAGUGGAAAAUACGGUAUAAGUAUUCAGUUUUGCUCAAGCGUUUACUAGUACUUUGUUUAGGCAAGUAUUUCGUCAUAGGAAAUUAUUCUGCCCACUCGAAGGACAAUUUUACUUUCGCGUCUCACCCACUGGACAGUCUUUAGUCUCUUUAUAGUCUCCAUUUCUCAUCGAUUCAGACAUUUGCAUAGAUUUUUAUUACUACUACACAUAGCUGAGAGAGAGCCAGAUCAGUUUUCCUAUUUAGCGCCCUUUCUCCUAAUCUCGAAUAGGUUUUUAGCUUUUGAAUGACAGUGCUCUGACUUCAAAACUAGACAUUGCUAACAAAAUCUGAUGACAUGUGUUGCUGGAGUCUUAACCUGUUCCCGAAGCAGGUUUUUGUUUCUUUUUCUUUUUUUUUUUUUAUAUUAUUUUAGUGGACUUUAUCAGUAUUUAAUAGUUUGUAUUUUGUAUUAAAAAAACAAAAAAAACGACGCUUCCAUUGUGGGGAAGGUGAGUGAAUUAGUUAUGUUCUUUUCACUCUAUUUCGGUUCAAUUGUGAUUUUAGUUUUAGUUUCGCUUUGAACCCAAUACUUCCCUUACUGUAUUAUUUUGUUAGAAAACAGUCAGUCAUCACUACUGCUCAUCCACAAAUGUAUUUCAAUUUGUUUAUAAUUAUGUAGUUUGUUUUUUUAUUUCUCAAAUGUCAAUCAGGAUAAUGAUGUAUGAAAGUAGAGACAUGGGCAAUAGACGAUAAUGGACGAAAAAACGAAAACGUCACCAAAAAAAAAUGUAAUCAUGAAGUAAGAAAGAUCUUUAUGAACUGGAUUUCAAUUUGAUAUGGAUAAUGAAAUUGAUACCUUGCAGUGACGUCACAUUGGGGGUGUUCUACGCGUAUCUCUACGGAAGAAUGUCCAGCAGUUGCUAUGGAGACUCGGUCCACACAUGAGCAAACACUGACAAAAAAAGUUUAAAGAUCAAAUAAAUAAAACACAGAUUAAAAAAAACACUUUCAGGAGCCUGUGAUCAGUCCUGUUUCAGAGUUUGAUUUUUGUAAAAAAGUGGGGAAAAAAAGUUGUGACUGUAAUUUUAUUUGAGAGGGACGUGUUUAAAAGGACAAAUCAGCUCUGUGGAACCUGUUGGAGUUCCAGAUAAGUCGGUUGUUUUUGCUCACACAGAGUUAAAAUAAAGCACAGAUUAAAGUCUAAAGACAGAGCUGAGCCUACAGUUGGCAUCACACUCCCAGGGUUAUCUCAAUAACAUCAGCUGCAAAGUAUCAAUUUCUGUGGACAACUUGGGAAAUUCCAAAAACGUCGCAAUUUCGCAUGAUUACAAAUUGCGUUAAAACUAGGUGCCAAUUAUCUGACACAUUUGUUUGUCAGAUUUCAGAUACAUUUUGUGAACUGAUUUGAGAUGGUUUCCGAAUUAGUGUUCACUACUUUCUAUUGCCUGUGUUGAAGAUGUUAAAAGUGCCCAGUAGGUGGCAGUAUUAUCCAGAGGGAGUUGAUAAUAUAAACUUGUAUUAUUUUUAAAGUCAAAAACUUGAUUUACUGUAACACAUCGUAUCACUGUCGCGCAAACUCAGGAACAGUUACUGAGAACACCCUUUUCAUUUACAUUUUACGAUUUAAUUUACAGAGAAAAACACUAUAAAAUCUUCUCGCCAAAUCCUGUAAUGAGAAGUUUAUUAUUUUAAUUUUAUUUUAUGAUGAUUUUUACGUUAUUUUUGCCGUCCAUUCAAGUUGACUCAAGCUGCUUUUCCUAACUAAACUGUACAAAAAUCCGUACAACUUCAGUGCCGUUUAAGGAAAAAAUAAUGAAAAAUGAAGACGUUGUACCUGAUUUUUACAUGAAACCGUAAAUCUUAACGACUAACAGCUAGCAUGUUAACACACACUUCCUGAUUCUUGGCUGACGAAACACUUUAUAAUGAUAUGCAGAUGUGUAGAUAUCAAGAUCUGCUCAAAUAAAAGAAAAAAAAAAAUCAGGUACAGGGCCUUUUAAAAGUUUAAAAUCGUAGAAUUUACUUUACACGCUUACUUUUCUACGUCACAUUUUAAGUAAAUGUCAAAAAUAAACAAAGAAUCUAUAGCUGUGUUCAUCAGAUUUCUAUUUUUGUACUCGCAUGGUCCAAAACGGCCGUCUUUCUCGUACCCUCUUGGAAUCGCGUUGAAGUUGUAUGGAGCAGCCUGCGACAAAAAUACUAAAAUACAAAAAUUCGCACCCACGUCCCAAGCUCGCGUUAUAUAUACUGUCGAAAUCGAAGCACUUGCAGCUAGAAUAACCAUGUGCACACUACACGAGAGCGGUACUUUAAGGGCAUUUGAGUCGGCAAUGUCGGUUUGUUAACGUUUUUCUUUCGGAACAUUUCAGUCAAAAUUUCGUGCCUCUUGCUGACGUCGAAUGCAUGCCGGCAGCGUCCUGUAGGGGGAGUCGUAGCUCUGUAACGAAAUGGCAUUAACCUGAUUUUAAUAUGGAGUGAUGCAUGUGAAUGAUGAAAGUAGAAUGCUAUAGUGAUUUAAAGCAAAACACUAAAAAAUAGGUCAAAUGAGUGAUGUCAAGUCCACAGACGGCGAAUGAAGUGGAUCAGAGGAUCAGAGGAGGAGCGCUGUGUGACUUUUUGGUUCGGGAGAGUCCGUCAAAUGCUUGUUUCUAUGGAUACAUCGUUGCUCUGCCUGGAAUAUUCCAGUGUGACAUUAAACAGGUCUGCUUCUUUACGUUUAUUCGAUUACAGGUGGUUUUACAGCUCAAAUAUACCCGAAAAACAGCAUUCUGACUGUGAGCGGGGUCGCCUCUCCACAGAUCUGACCUGUAGCUUUGUCUGCUUUGGUCUCCAUGGAGAUAGAAAGGUUUAAAGCCGUACUGCGAAACAUUCCAGACGACGCAAUAACAUCACAACGAAAAUCAUUUGAUGGACCCUCCACCAGAAAAGUUACACAAUGCGCGUUUAAGGUUUCACACACUUAAAUUUAGGUAUUUUUUUCAGAAAUUGGUGCACUGUGUAGCUUUCUGGUGGAUCAUUCUUUGCCUGGAAUGUUCCGCAGUAUAGCUUUAAUCUUGCCUAUCAUGCAUUUGUUCAGUUGGGUGUUUUCUAGCCUUGGAAAACAUGUAUUCUUGCUAUUCUGUGGGUUCGCCUCUCCACAGAUCUGACCUUUUUAAACUUGUCCCGGUUGUGUCACCUGCUUGUUUCUAUGGAUACGUCAUUGCUCUGCUUGAAUGUUCCACAGUAUGACAUUAAACAGGUCUGCUUUUUUACGUUUAUUCAAUUACAGGUAGUUUUAAAGCUCAAAAAUAACUCCAAAAACAGCAUUCUGACUGUGAGUGGGGUUGCCACUCCACAGAUCUGACCUGUAACUUGAUCUGGUUUGGUUUCCAUGGAGAUAGAAAGGUUUAAUGCCAUACUGUGAAACAUUCCAGACGACGCAAUAACAUCUCCAUGGAGAAAAACAUUUGACAGACCCUCCACCAGAAAAGCUACACAAGGCAACUUUAAGCUUUUACACACUUUAAUUUUGGAGUUUUUCAUUGGUUAGAAAUUCUUAUGCACCGUGUAGUUUUCUGGUGGGUCAUGCUUUGCCUGGAAUGCUCCGCAGUGUAGCUUUAAUCUUGCUUAUCACGCAUUUAUUCAAUCAAACAAGCCUCGGUAAACAUGCAUUCUUGCUGUUUUGUGGGUUCGCCUCUCCACAGAUCUGACCUUUUUAAACUUGUCUUGGUUGUGUCACCUGCUUGACUCAAUGCAGAUAGAUGGAUAAGUUUAAUGCCGUACUGUGGAACAUUUCAGGCAAAGCGAUAAUGUCCCAAGGUGUCAAGCAGCUGGCAGAUCCUUCAGAAAAUUAAUGUAAUGCAUCUUUAAAGGUGCAUUGUGUCACAUUUCUGGUAGAGAUAUUGUUGCUUUUUUGUCUGGAACGUUCCACAGUAUGGGAUUAAACCUUUCUGUUGUCAUGGAGACCAAACUAGAACACAUUACAGGUCAGAUCUGUGGAGAGGCGAACCCACGCGAGAGCAAGAAAUGAGUCAGAAUGCCUGUUUUUUUGUUUUGUUUUGUUUUUGUAUGUAUUUUUGAGCUCUAAAACCACCUGUAAUUGAAAAACGUAAUGUAGAGGUGUUUAAUGUCAUACUGUGGAACAUUCCAGGCAGAGCAAUGACAUCUCCAUAGAAACAAGCAGGUAAAGGACAUGGCUAACCUGGUAGCUCCAAAUAGAAAGUGAAAAUGGGGGCACUUCAGGCUCCAUUCACGUUGGACUGACAACCGAAAAGUUACACAGAGAACUUUUUUAAACUAGAAAAUCCCAAGUAUUUUUUGUUGAUAAUCUAAACCCCUGCAUCCUUUGCUCCACUCGUUUUGCGUCUUUGGCCCUUCCCAGUUUUAACAGCGUGCCUGAAAGAAAACCAAUGCUUCCUGUUGUGCGUGUGAGGUUUGGAAAGAGCCUUCAUCACAGACUCGUAUUUUUAAAAACGUUAUCAUUGUUUAUCCGCCUUUGAAUGAAUGAAUUUUUAUUUUUGUAUCUUUUGACGGUGACAUCCAUUUUUCUUUUCUAUGAUUUCCAAGUCUAAUGUGAAAAAACCUGCAUUUAUUUGGCCAAAUAAUUAGACUUUUAUUUUCUGUGAAGUUUUUACCAUAGAUUUUGGCAGAAAACGUGAAGGCAGUUGAAUGUAAUAUCUUUGUACAAACUGUUAGAGGAUGUUAGCUAUGACACAGGAGAAAUAAGUAACCUUUUAUACAUCUUUUUGUAUUAGAACAUUAUCGAUGGUAAUUUUUGUAUAUACGAAGGUUAGGCUUUCUGAUUAGCAGAAAGGUUAAACAUUCCUACAUUUUUUUUAAAUGUAUGUCCAUUGAAAAUAAUUAUGUAAACAUAUGCGCAAUGUUUUAUGUGCCUUUUAUUUGGGUUUGUCUAAAUAAAAGAAAACAAUAAAACAUGA